CUCGCAGCUCACUUAAACACUGUCUUUUCACCGCUCCAGUUCCGCCCUGAACUCGCAAGACGUAUUCUCACUCAUGGAAGUCAUCCAGAAGCUGUUCACGGCCACAAUGGCCGUCUCGCAUUUAUCGGUCGUCGGGUAUUGGAAUCCUACUACCUCCUCUUCGUCCACGACUCCGCAAAAGCAAGUGCCGACUACAACUAUGACGCAUUGGCAGAACGUGCACUAAACUCAUACGUGCUCGGAGAGCACGUCGCACCCCAAUGGUCAUUGGGAAAAGUCCUCCGCUGGGUCCCUACUAUCCCUCGCAACGCAAUCGAGGCUGCACAAGAACACCUACCCGAUGCUGAAUUGACACGUGCCUUGUCUGCGAAUCCUGGGAUCGUCAGGAGCGUGGGGCUUUAUAAAGUCAUGGGUGAGGCUGUUCAAGCUGUGGUUGGAGGUGUAUAUCAUCAAUUUGGUGGUUCCGUUGCUCACCGGCUAUUUCACACUCGGAUUUUACCCCAUAUACUUUUACCCAACCAACACGGCGGUGUUCCAAUGGAGUUCCAUGCAAAAGCCCUGAGCAUCAGCGAACGAAUGGGCGGC